ACAGUGAGUUUGUGGAAGAAGCCUCAUCCGCGCCCUACAGCCCCGAGGAGUUAAGGUUUAGUUAAGCUGCUAAAAAUCUGGGCUGUCAAGUCUGUCCUUGCUGUUCUUUUAUCACCAGCGUGCCUGCCUGCCAUGAAAUGACAGCUGUUUAAAACCCUGUAUCCACACUAAGGCUCUCAGCCUUGGGUACCGUGUGUCUGGUCAGCCUCUCCUCCUGGGCUGUAUGUCCUCAGCAAGUCCCACACCACCUGAAGUAAAAUUCCACCGCAGCAAGGACUUUCAUCCUUUUCUAGGAGCCAGGUACCCAAAAUAGGUCUGGAUCAAGGAUGGCGUUGUGAGGCAGGGAAGAGGACCUUGUUUUAUUCAGAAGAUGUGUUUCUGAAAAGUUGUGAGGCAGUCACAUCUCUGGAAAUGGAAUCAUAAAUUAAAUGCAUGGGCAAAACUAGCUUUUAAAGGUACACCAUGGUGAGUCUUUUCAUGAAAUGAAAAUGACAAACCGUAGCUUUGCAUGGAGCAGUUUAUUAAGAGGGCAGAUUCUUGGUGAUCUGCUCCACAUGUGUUGAAUUGUGUAUUAAUGACACCAGAAUUGGUACCAUUGCAUUCACAGAAUGGUUUAUGUACCAGAAAGGCCCAGGUGAUGGACCCUUUUUGGUUUUCAUCUCUUCCCCCCACCCCACCCCCAACCCCCAACAGACUGGACGGCCCAGCUGAGGUGCUGAUCAGUAGGGCGAGCCCUUCAGAUUAGCAGUAGAAAACUCAGAAAAUAACCUUUUUUCUCUUCAGCCCUUCUGUGGGAAAAGCCCAGUUUCUCAAGAGGAGAUGAGAGUGUUAUAGGAAUCCUGGUCCCUCCUGGGCUCUGGGAUGGCAGGAUGAUUGAGAAUAUAAAACACAAGUCAGAGUUUGAGACCAGGGUUCUGGGUGCUUCACCUUCCUUAGCAGAUACGUUAACCAGUCUGUUUUCUCAUCUUUGAAAAGCUGGGGUUGUGCCAGCUGGCCUCUAAGCAUCAUCCAGUUCCAGCCUCCUGAGACGGUAAGCCAAAGGAGGCCCAUAGCUAUCGGGUCCCCCUCCUGCCUGUUACAGCCCCAGUAGUCCCAUCCAGAUUCUGGAAGACCCCAACUACUUUUUCCCAGACUUUCAGCUCUAUUCUGGGAGGCAUGAAGCAUCUUUGACGGUGGAGGCAAACAGUAGCAUCAGGGAAAAAGUUGUUGAGGAUCCUCUUUGUAACUUACACCCGCCGAACUUCCUGAGGAUCUCAGAGGUGGAAAUGAGAGGUUCCGAGGAUGCGGCAGCUGGAACAGUGUUACAGCGGCUGAUCCAGGAGCAACUGCGCUAUGGUACCCCGACUGAGAACAUGAACUUGCUGGCCAUUCAGCACCAGGCCACAGGGAGUGCAGGACCAGCCCACCCCACAAACAACUUUUCUUCCACGGAAAACCUCACUCAAGAAGACCCACAAAUGGUCUACCAGUCGGCACGCCAGGAACCGCAGGGUCAGGAACACCAGGUGGACAACACGGUGAUGGAGAAACAGGUGCGGUCCACGCAGCCUCAGCAGAACAACGAGGAACUGCCCACGUAUGAGGAGGCCAAAGCGCAGUCCCAGUUCUUCCGGGGGCAGCAGCCGCCGCCGCCGCCGCAGCAGCAGCAGGGGGCUGUGGGUCACGGCUACUACAUGGCCGGGGGCGCCAGUCAGAAGGCGCGGACUGAGGGCAGGCCCACGGUGAACCGCGCCAACAGCGGACAGGCGCACAAGGACGAGGCGCUGAAGGAGCUCAAGCAGGGCCACGUCCGCUCUCUCAGUGAGAGGAUCAUGCAGCUGUCGUUGGAGAGGAACGGUGCAAAGCAACACCUCCCUGGCCCAGGGACCGGAAAGGGGUUCAAGGCGGGCGGGGGGCCCUCCCCAGCCCAGCCUGCAGCUAAAGUGCUGGACCCCCGAGGUCCUCCACCCGAGUACCCCUUCAAGACCAAGCAAAUGAUGUCCCCGGUGGGCAAGACCCAGGAGCAUGGACUUUUCUACAGUGACCAGCACCCGGGAAUGCUCCACGAGAUGGUCAAGCCUUACCCUGCUCCCCAGCCUGCGAGGACAGAAGUGGCCGUCCUGAGGUACCAGCCACCCCCAGAGUAUGGGGUAACGAGCCGCCCCUGCCAGCUUCCUUUCCCGUCAACGGUGCAGCAGCACAGCCCGAUGUCCUCCCAGAACUCCUCCGUCAGCGGGCCGUUGCACUCGGUGUCCCUGCCACCUCCACCUCCGAUGACCCUGGCAGCCUCGCAGCCCACGCCAGCCGCCUCCCCCAGCCAGCAGCUUGGUCCGGAUGCAUUUGCGAUCGUGGAGCGAGCCCAGCAGAUGGUGGAGAUCCUAACGGAGGAGAACCGGGUGCUGCACCAGGAACUUCAGGGUUACUACGACAACACCGACAAGCUCCACAAGUUUGAAAAAGAACUUCAGAGAAUCUCGGAAGCCUAUGAGAGCCUGGUCAAGUCUACCACCAAGCGAGAGUCGCUGGACAAGGCGAUGAGAAACAAACUCGAAGGCGAGAUUCGAAGGCUCCAUGAUUUCAACAGAGACCUCCGAGAUCGACUGGAGACUGCCAACAGGCAGCUGUCCAGCAGGGAGUAUGACGGACACGAAGACAGAGCGGCUGAGGGGCUUUACGCUUCCCAGAACAAAGAAUUCUUGAAGGAAAAGGAGAAGUUAGAAAUGGAGUUAGCGGCAGUGCGGACCGCGAGUGAGGACCACCGGAGACACAUCGAGAUCCUGGACCAGGCUCUGAGCAACGCCCAGGCCAGGGUCAUCAAGCUGGAAGAGGAGCUCCGAGAGAAGCAGGCAUACGUGGAGAAGGUUGAGAAGCUGCAGCAGGCCCUGACCCAGCUGCAGUCCGCCUGCGAGAAGCGGGAGCAGAUGGAGCGGAGACUGCGCACCUGGCUGGAGAGGGAGCUGGACGCCCUGAGGACCCAGCAGAAACACGGAAACGGCCAGCCAGCCAGCCUGCCGGAAUACAAUGCCCCGGCCCUCAUGGAACUUGUAAGGGAGAAGGAAGAGCGGAUCCUGGCGCUGGAGGCUGACAUGACCAAGUGGGAGCAGAAGUACGUAGAGGAGAGCGCCAUCCGGCACUUCGCCAUGAACGCUGCAGCCACUGCAGCGGCCGAGAGGGACACCACGAUCAUCAACCACUCGAGGAACGGCAGCUAUGGCGAGAGCUCGCUGGAGGCCCACAUCUGGCAGGAGGAGGGGGAAGUGAUGCAGGCCACCAGGAGAUGUCAGGACAUGGAGUACACUAUUAAAAAUCUCCAUGCCAAAAUCAUAGAGAAGGAUGCCAUGAUUAAGGUCCUCCAGCAGCGAUCCCGUAAAGAUGCCGGGAAGACGGACUCCUCCAGCCUGCGGCCCGCUCGCUCUGUCCCGUCCAUCGCUGCAGCCACUGGGACUCACUCCCGCCAGACCUCGCUCACCAGCAGCCAGUUAGCCGAGGAGAGGAAGGAGGAGAAGACCUGGAAGGGGAGCAUAGGGUUGCUGCUGGGGAAGGAGCCCCAUGAACACGCAUCCGCCCCCGUGCUGCCCACCCCGCCUGCCACAGCGCUAUUUCCUGCGGCCCUUGUCACCUCGGCCAGCAGCGCCCACGCGAAGACAGGCAGCAAGGACAGCAGCACACAGACGGACAAGAGCGCCGAGCUCUUCUGGCCCGGUGUGGCCUCCCUGCCCACGCGCGGCCGACUGAGCGGAACCCCUUCCAACAGCCCGGUCCUGAAGCACCCAGCGGCCAAGGGCACGGCAGAGAAGCUGGAGAAUUCUCCCGGCCACGGGAAGUCACCUGACCACAAAGGUCGCGUCAGCAGCUUGCUCCACAAGCCCGAGUUCCCUGAUGGGGAGAUGAUGGAAGUUCUCAUCUAACACCGGCAUCCCUGUUGAAUUUUGCAACAGAACUUUGAUGAGCAAGGAACGUGGCAAAGAGAAAGAAAGAUCAAGAAGGUUGUGGAUGGGAAAUCAGGAAUGAUUUGAACUGAUCAGGAUUUCAGAUUCAUGAGAACACUUUUUAUAAAUGUUAAAAACAAAACAAAAGCAGGAGGCCUACAUGACUGAAAAUGAAGAGGAUGUCGUGGAUUUUUACUGCAUAUGGUGGAAGAGAGGAGGUGCAUGUAGGUUUGGAAACAAAGAAGAAAUAGGAAAUGGAAUUUUUCCGUUGUACAGAAAAUGUAUCUCUUGGGGAGGGUCUGUGUACACCCAUUCUCUGGUUAUAAACAGAUAAACCUGGGCAUGGAUCUUCCUUGAAAUACGCCCAUUCUCCUUGCCUCUUAGCUUGUUUUGUUUCAGAAGAACCUCCUAGGAAUCUCGGAGAGUCCGUCUUGAUAUAACGUAAUAAUCUCACCUGUGCCCUCCAUGGGGUGUCCUGUGAUUGCGUGUGGGUGUGGCAGGGAGGAGACAUGUCCAGGGUGAUGGGGAAUUUAAAAGGCCAUCUUCACCUCAUUACCUGCUUGGUUUGGACAUCUUAGCUUUUCUGGAUUGAGCAGUAUUUUCUAAACAGGACGGGAGCUUUCUGGUCCUGGUGUGUAUCCUCCCUCACUUCUCUGAGUUCAUCUCUGUCUCUGCUUCAUACUCUUUAAUUUUACCCUUUUUUCCUUCCUUUUUUUUUUUCCCCUUUUGCAACAAGCCAUGACAGAAUUCCUUUGUUCUGGGGUUUAUCAGAGCAGUAACUGAAUGUUCAUCAUUCAUCAUGACCGGUGGGACAAAGCCGUAUGGCGGGUCCCUUGGCUGCUUCCUCCACCUUUGAGGAGUUGGGCUGCAGUGGUUGAUCUCAUUCUGGCCAUGAACUAGGGAAGCUCCGACUAGGCGGAAGAUCCAUGAGCCCUGUGACGUCCUGCAUUAAGCUCACGGCCCCGACUUUUUUCUCUCUCACAUCAGCUCUUGCGUGGAGUUUGGUAUCUUCACCUCAUUGCUCUGUUGAGGUAGGACUUUCAGGACUGCACUCCGGGAAGCGAGUGACACUUGACUUGGUGGCAUCUAGAAUCUCCCCGGGCACUCCCGCUUUCUACUGUUUGUGGCCACCGCUCUGCCCGCCCCUCGCAUCCCUCCGGGCAUUGUUGAUGAGCACGCAGACUCUGUGACCGUCAGCACGUGUGUGUCAGCACAUCAGUUCUGCCCUGCCAGGAACUUGCUUUGUAACCUAACAGGCCGGUAUCUAUACAGUGUGGUCAGGUUUUUCAGGAUUUCAGUUGGGAGCAACUUGUCCAAAGUAAGACGGAAACACCAGGUCAAAGAGCCAGGAGUGAGUGAGGUCGUGGGCCUCAUCCCUGUGCUGUAAGGUUUCCCAUCUGACUCCUCAGAUGCUCAGAUAUCGGCUUUCUUUACAAAUCUAGAAGGGGCUGGAUCAGAAGAGAGAAGCUAGUCAGGCCGUCAGAUGCUCACGCAGGGCCCUGAUAGUUUUCUCCCUGCAGGGUAGCCGGAUCUGUGUUUUCCCAGGUCCCUUUCCUCAUGCUUACUUAAGGAAAGAAAAAAGAAAAAAAGCCCCAGGUCUGAGGCUUUUUCAAGUCCCACCCAGAUGAAGCCCUGAAGACAGCAUCACUUAGGAAAUUUUGCUUGGGUGGCUCAUUUUAGAGUUGGGCUUUGGAGUGUAACCUGGGUGAAGCCUCCCCAUAUUGAGGUGGUGGAAGGAUGACAGAGGUGUGAGCUGGAGAGGGAGAGUUGGGGAAGGAAACCAGUGGCUUUGCCCAGGGGGCCUGUGAGCUGCCUGGUGGUCAGGAGAGUGAGCAGAACGGGUGCUGCUCAAGCCCUGCUCUGCGGUAGGCGCCGUGCAUCACGCCUGUUGCCUUCUGCAGUCCUACGUUAAGCAUCGCUGAGGACUGUGCAGCCUGGGAAACCAGAGCAGCCCUGGGUGUGAGGAGGGAGCGGUGAGACCCCAUGGCUGGUGUGGGGGCCAGGUGAGUAUGGACACGUCGGGGCAGGGAUGGGGCAGAGGGAUCCCCGUCUCAGUCUCAGUUCCCCAUCACUUUUUAUAGGUGAUGAGGCUCAGUUGAUGGCAACUAACUCUCUUAAGGACACUUUGACCCCUGAUUAACAUGGGGGAUGGAAAGAAAACGUCUAGAAAUAAGAGGGCACGUCACCUCUGCGAGCCCCCAUCAUCCGUGUCUGGGCUACCCCAAACAUGGGCUGUGUCCCCUAGAAACGGGUGAGAGUGACAGCUGCAGCCCAGUUUCCCGCAAAGCCUCAUCUUUAUGCCCCAGCACAUCUCGUUGGCAGCUCAGGCACAAGGCUCAUUUGCUUUCCUUGGUCCCCCGAGUUGCCAGGCGUGUUAAUUGUCAGAAUGCAAACACAGACAUCACCAUUUUUCAGUUGUGCUGUAGUCCUUAAUCUUUCUUUCUUCUAACCCGCUAAGACUCCUCCGUAAGAAGAGGGACCUAUAGUUUUGAAAUGUCUUCUUCUGUGGGCCCUGACACUUUUCAUCUUCAUAGCUCGAAGCCUUGCUUGCAUUUAGGAGAAAUGCAGCUACUGAACUCCCACUGUGUGUUCUGGCCGUUGACAAUAUAUGAUCUCACUGGAUUUUCAGAAAAUAAUCCUAGCUCCGUUUUUUUAGUGCCAACUGUAUGCAAGCACUGGGGUAAGUCCCUUUUAAUGAGUCCUCAGACCACAUGGGAGCAGGGGCGAGUUUAUCAUCCUUGUUUCACAGAGGAGGAAACUGGGGCUCAGGAGGUCAAGUCCCUCCCCCAGGAGAGGCUGGGAUCUGAGCCAAGGCUUUGGGAGAGGAGCUGUGCCUUCGCCACAGGCUGGACUGCCUCUGACUUGGGGAUGAUAAGUGCCACGGCUUGACCCGCUCUGUCCCCUCUAUGUGAUGUGUGCACUCCUAGACACACACACACACACACACACACACACACACACACACACACACACACACACACACACACACACACACACACACACACACACACACAGCUUCCUGCCCCCUUGCCACCCCGGGAGCUAAGAAAUAGGACUAAAGCCCAGAACUGCUAGAACUGCCCAUAAACACAGGUAUAGGUAGGAGUCUUUGUGUUCCGUUGUAAGCAGGACCACAAAGUCUGUUUAAAAAGCACUUACUUGCGAGUGGUCCAGAGGCCGGGCCUUCUCCAGAACUUUUCAGUGGUGUCGGAUAAUGAACUCGCGAGCCCUGUCUCAGGGUGAAGGGUAAAGGCCUUGGCCUUGUGUGGUGACGUGCUGGAGUAACUCCGCUUCUUCCUUCAGUGUGUCGCCUGGCGGUUUCUGCGUGCUGCCCGGGGUACUGUAUGCAGCAGGAGAUGUUGCUGCUUUUGGGCACUAAUUUCAGAGCGUGUGCAGAACCUUUCCUUAGCCUUUUCUUCUUAGCUUUUCUUCUGCUUCCCAGAGUUGGGAAGCCAGCCACAGUGUCGUGCCCAGUCUGCUUGGAGCAGGCAUGCAGGACAAGGCUGCCACGUCCCUCCCAGGGCUUGGGUUGGAGGGCAGAGAGUGGAGGCAUGUCUCUCUUCUUCAGUUUUGCAGAACUUGCUCUUUGGAACCUAUGUGUGCAUUUGACUACACAGGACUUGGGUUGGAUCGAGACAGUUGCUCCCAAUGGAUUGUGAACUUGGAAGAGAGAGUUCCUUGGUUCUGUGGCUCAGCGGGGAGGCUGUUGGAAUGCCCCCUGCAGAGAAGCCAGCCAUCACUGCUGUUCUCUCCUGGGUUUGCCUGCAGCCUCCUGUGUCCCUAGGAUGCUGAGCGCUAGCAAUUGCAGGUGGCUCCUGCAUCCUUGUCUGUAGCUAAUGGCAAGAGAAAUUCUCCCUACAGCAGCCUGAGUCCCAGGGACUGAUGUGAACACAGACGUCAGGUGGGGCAGCGCCCGGGGGGCUGUGGAGACUUGCAAGGUGGAGGAGUUGCAAGGUUUUGAGGCAGGGAACUCACGCUUGGGCUGCUGGGAGCUGAGCAAAGAGGUAUGUUUUCCAGAACAAAGUCCUGCUGCGUGUCUGCACUGGUGCCAGCGGGGCAUGCUUCUCUCUGCCCCCAGUGAUCUCACACUCCUAAGCCUUGGAGGACGGUGGUACAAGGGAGCCGGGCAAGUGUUCUUAAACAGAGAAGGUCCAGCCCACAGUUGCCCGCUUCUCCUCUCCAAGUCUGACACAGCCAUGGUAUACGCUUUAUAAAUGUUGGUUUUCUCUUCUUUUUUCUUGCUAAUUAAUCAGUGGGUUUAAAAUGUCUUCAUUCAACAUGAGGAUUGUUUAAUGGGUUUGCCUCUGGUGUGUGGCUCCAUGAGAGAUGCGCAGAGUAAUUAAGAAGUUACCAGAAGCUGAUCAGCUGGGAGCAUGGAGAAGUCAGCAUUUCAGUAAAUGGAUUUCUUCUGGAACUGUCAAUAAUGAGCAAUCUUUUUCUGUCCCUUUUAAGUAGUAUCCCCUUCUCUCAUCUGGUAAUUUAAUGUAUAAAGACACGUAUAUGUCAGUGCGUACAUAGGAGGUGUGACUGUAAGGUUGUAUGUCGAGUUUCUUUUCUUAACAUCCAGAAGAUGCAAGUGUUUCAUCUCACCCCACGUUGCUUAAGAGGUGACCCUUUGCGAGACUCUGUGCUGAUUACUGCCGUGCUAAGUAGAAACAUUUUGCAGACGCCUCUGUUAGAAUGGAUCUGGGGGCCUGGCAUGUUCCUCUGGUUAUCCUUAGAGUUGAGAAAGCAUCAUCCUUUGAAGGCAGGUUUAAGUUUGGAAAUAAUCCCAAGUCAUUCACUCAGUUGGAUAAAUAAAGAUGGGUGAUUAAGGUAAGUCACAUCCUUUUAGCUUUUUCCUUUGAAAGAAGUCCUUAAGAUGUUUCUGGGGGAUGAGUCUUUGGACCCUCAGAGGCUCUCAGAGUGACCACUUCAAAGGAGGACAGUCAUCGUUAGUACAUGUACCUUCCAGAGGCUUCGUUGUAAAAAGCCUGCUCCCUUGCCACGCCUUGUAUGUGUUCACGUCUCUGCGUACACGCGGGUGUAAGUACACAUUCACGAGUCGCCGCCUCCAGUAGGAAUUCUGUAAAACCCUGUUAGACUUAAGUGCAUGUUAUUGUCAUGUUAGGCCAAGACUGAGGUGUUUCUUUGUCAUGAAACUUCGCUUCCUCACGGAAUUAAAAUAUUGUUUUUUCAAUAUAAUGAAGUACAUAUACAGUAUUUUCUUGUAUCAGCUCCUGAAGUUUUGGUGCCCAGUGGUGUGUUUACAUGUGGUUUGCCUAAGAUUCCGUUCACAUAGAGACACCUGUAAGUAUUUAUUACAAACCGGAAUGUAAGCAAAUUGAUCCAUAGUGAUUUUCUUUGAAUUAAGGUGUUUUCCCCUUUUGCGGAGGGGAAGGGGAGGCUCCUUCUCCGCGUGAGGCUCAUGCAGAAUCUGGGACAUUCUGUGAGGCUGGGCAGGCCAUGCACCCACCUCAGCAAAGCACCAACGGCCGGGGUGCCGCCACACUUCCCGCCAGCUGUGUGUGUCACCGCCCUGCUUGGUGGCGUGUGCGUGUUCCCUCCAGCAGACUCUGCUGUAAGAUUCUGGCAUCUUCGAUGUGCUAGUCUGUAUUGAAGCAGAGGUGGAGGGUGCAGAGCUGCACGGCCAGAUGGGUCUGUGUCCAGAGUGGGGAAAUCCAAGAAGACGGCAUGUCCCUCACAGCAAAUGUUGAUACUGUUGGUCAGCCAAAGAUUUUCAUAUUCUUUGCUGCUUAAACUUGUGCCUUAAUAUUGUAUAUAAUAAAUGGAUAAAAUGGC